UGUCCUCUCCUGUCUCGAGCGAGCUCGCAAACCCAAAUACCCCGCAUUCUGCGUUCCUCCUUCAGGUCUUCUCCUUCUUCUUCACAUCCCUGACUUCGAAGACUUCGAACAGCACACGCCCUGCUCCCACCUCCAAACAGCAUCCAGCUCCGCCUAGGCUUGUCCAGUCUAUUCAUACCACAACCUUCCCCGCACGGACCCACGACUUCGACGACGAUGUCCACGGCCCCGACUACCAAGUUCGAAUCCGACCCUCCCACGUCCCGCACAUUCGCACACCAGUCCCAGCUCCCGAAGCUCCCCAUCCCACCUCUCGAAGAUACAUGCAGACGGUACCUGACCGCGCUCGAGGCACUGCAGGAUGAGAAGGAACAUAAGAAGACGAAGAGGGCGGUCGAGCAGUUUUUGAAUGGGGAGGGCCCGGAGAUGCAGGAGAAGUUGAUCAAGUGGGCAGAGGGGAGGGAUAGCUAUAUCGAGGAGUUUUGGUACGAGUCGUACCUGUCCCACUCCGACCCGGUUGUUCUCGCCCUCAACCCGUUUUUCGUCCUCGAGAACGACCCAACGCCCGAUCGCGGCUCUCAACUCCCCCGCGCCGCCUCCCUCAUCGUCUCCUCCCUCGGUUUCAUCCAUGACCUACGCACGGGUCAACUCAGUCCCGAUACCGUCCGUGGCACGCCGCUCGAUAUGGAUCAGUAUCAUAGGUUGUUCGGGACGGCGAGGAUUCCGACUGAGAGAGGGUGCAAGAUGGUCGGAUCGCAGGAGGCAAGACAUAUCGUGAUCCUGAGACGAGGACAGUUCUACUGGUUCGAUGUUCUGGACGAGGAGAAUAGGCCGCUGCUUACUGAGCGCGAGAUAUUGAGGAACUUGCAGGCUAUUGUGGCUGAUGCUGAUAAGUUGCCGACGUCUGAGGUCGCCCGAAACUCCAUCGGAGUUCUCACCACCGAGAAUCGCAAAACCUGGUCCUCCCUCCGCUCCUCCCUCUCCGCCGAACGCACGAACGCUUCCUGUCUCCACAUCAUCGACCAUGCCUGCUUCAUCAUCUGUCUCGAUGACGGACCCGCGCCGGAGGGAUUGUCUGAGCUGUGCGCUAAUUUCUUGUGUGGGACGUAUAAGCUCGAGGGUGGCGGUGGCGUGCAGGUCGGGACGUGUACGAAUCGGUGGUAUGAUAAGUUGCAAAUUAUCGUCGCGACUGAUGGAGCAGCCGGUAUCAACUUCGAACAUACGGGUGUAGACGGACAUACCGUCCUUCGGUUCGCCGCCGACGUCUUCACCGAGGGUCUAAUGCUCCUCGCACGCUCCAUCAACCCCUCCGCUCCCACCCUCUUCCACGCCUCCCUCUCCCCACACGCGAAAUCCUACCGCCCACCCCGCUCUAACGCUCCUACCAACGGCACCUCCCGCCCACCAGUUCCCCAACGCACCCUGACCACCGAAACCUGGGACACAAACCCGAAGAAACUCGAGUGGAAGCUGACGCCCGAGCUGAGAGCCGGGAUCCGGUUCGCGGAGACCAGGCUGAGCGAUCUGAUCUGUCAGAACGAUUGUCAGGCGUUGGAGUUUAAGGGGUACGGGAAGAAUUUUAUUACAGGGCAUGGGUUCAGUCCGGAUGCGUUUGUGCAGAUGGCGUUUCAGGCGGCUUAUUAUGGGCUCUAUGGUCGGAUCGAGUGUACGUAUGAGCCGGCGAUGACCAAGGCGUUUUUGCAUGGGAGGACGGAGGCGAUCAGGACAGUGCAGCCGCAGAGUGCUGAUUUCGUCAAGACGUUCUUCUCCGAGGCAGAUCCAGCGACGAAAGUCGAGAAACUCCGGAAGGCAUGCGAACGCCACGUCAAGCUCACAAAGGAAUGCAGUCAAGGCUUUGGCCAGGAUCGACACCUCUACGCACUCUAUUGUCUCCUCCAGCGCGAAAUCAACGAAGGCACACUCGAUCCCUCUCCAGACGAUCCUCCACCCUCCUCCGCCUUCUCCUCAACCGAUUCAUCCGCCGGAUCUCCCUCCACCUCUCCCGACUCGCCGUCCUACAUCGCCAGCGCCGAUCCUGCCAACCACAACCACAAUGGCGCCGACGCAAACAAGACGAAGAAGCGCAAGCCGAAGAUGCCCGCGAUCUUCACGGAUCCGGGAUAUGCGCUCCUGAGCACUUCGAUCCUCAGUACGUCGAAUUGUGGCAAUCCGGCGUUGAGGCUGUUUGGGUUUGGGCCGGUCGCGGCGGAUGGGUAUGGGAUUGGGUAUAUCAUAAAGGACGACGGGAUCAGCGUAUGUGCCUCGUCGAAACAUCUGCAGACGCGACGGUUCCUCGAUACGCUCAAGGGCUACCUCUACGACAUGCAGCGUAUCCUCAUCGCGCUGCAUAAAGAGGCGAAUCAGCGCCCGGAGCCGUUCGUCGACCAUGCGGGGAUAUUGAGGGACUCGAAGACGGGGAGGCCGAUCCAUGGGGUGUUGAAGGAGGGAGAGGACGGGGAGGACGAUGGGGUGGAUAACAUGCCGGGGUACUCGUUCUUUGAUAGUUACGAUGUGGCGCUGCUCGGGAGAGGAAGGAAGAGGGCGGCGCAUUAUAAAGUCGGCAAGGUCAUCCCGAUGGUGGAGUACUGAUCUCGUCGGUGAGAUAGCUGCAGUCUUUCGAGUCUAAUUUUUUGGUACGUGCUGUCGAUGGUGGGUGGUACUGCUGGUGUGUAGUCUUUGUACGAGUAUGUGGUCCGUCUCAGGGUAUAUCGACCUGGAAUGGUGAACUUAUGCGUCUGUAUUUUCUUGAUGUAUGCUUUUCGGCUGCGUGUAUAUGUACGUUUAGGCGUUGUAAUAUGUAAUGUGUCACGCUGUAUCUUGGUUAUGAUGUUGAUGUAAUGUCUCUGGGUGUCGGUUUACUGUAUGUGCCGGUGUUCGUAUGCU